UCUCUCCCCAAAACGCAAAUUACGACGGACUUUGUGCUGUGCGGGCCGAGCUCAGCAGAGGGCCGGUGAGCCCCGGCCGUGCGCGGAGCGGCGAUGGGGCCCGGGGGGUUCCCGGGGCGCCCCGAGCAGGCGGCGCUCCCGCCCCGCGUCCCGCCCGCCCGGGCGGCUCCAGGAACCGGAUCCGCGGGCUCGGCAGAGCCGCCGCCGCCGCCGCCAGCCAUGGACCUGCGAGCCGAGCUGCUCAAGUCCAUCUGGUACGCCUUCACCGCCCUGGACGUGGAGAAGAGCGGCAAGGUCUCCAAAUCCCAGCUCAAAGUGCUGUCUCACAACCUGUACACGGUGCUGCACAUCCCCCAUGAUCCUGUGGCACUGGAAGAGCAUUUCCGCGAUGACGAUGAUGGGCCAGUGUCUAGCCAGGGCUACAUGCCCUACCUCAAUAAAUACAUCCUGGACAAGGUGGAGGAAGGCGCUUUUGUCAAAGAACACUUUGAUGAGCUCUGCUGGACCCUGACAGCAAAGAAGAACUACAAACCUGACCGGAAUGGGAAUAGUGUUGUAUCCCACCAGGAUGCUUUCAAGCUCUGGUGUCUCUUCAACUUUCUGUCUGAAGACAAAUACCCUCUUGUCAUGGUGCCAGAUGAGGUGGAGUACCUGCUGAAGAAGAUCUGCACAGCCAUGAAUGUGGAGCUGAACUCCUGUGAGCUGGAAGAUUACCUGUCCCAGGAGCCGCAGGGGCAGGGCGGGCUCACGGUCUGGCAGUUCCUGGACAUGGUGAACUCGGGGCGCUUCUUGAGAGGCCUCGAGCAGGAGGCCAUCAGCAUGGCCGUGGAGGAGGUGUACCAGGAGGUCAUCGAGGAUGUGCUCAAACAGGGCUACCUCUGGAAAAAGGGCCAGUUGAGGAGGAACUGGUCAGAGCGGUGGUUCAUGCUGAAGCCCAGUGUCCUGUCCUACUACAUGAGUGAGGAACGGAAGGAGAAGAAGGGGAGCAUUGCAUUAGACAAGCACUGCUGUGUGGAGGUGUUGCCAGACAGGGAUGGGAAGAGGUGCAUGUUCUGUGUGAAGACCUCGUCCCGCACCUACGAGAUGAGUGCCUCCGACACCCGGCAGCGCCAGGAGUGGACACUCGCCAUCCAGACAGCCAUCAGGCUGCAGGCAGAGGGAAAGAAGUCCCUGCACAAGGACCUGAAGCAGAAGCGACGGGAGCAGCGGGAGCAGCGGGAGCAGCGCAAGGCGGCCAAGGAGGAGGAGAUGCAACGACUCAAGCAGCUGCAGGAGGAAAAGGAGAGGAAGCUGCAGGAGCUGGAGCUGCUCAAGGAGGCCCAGAGGCAGGCAGAGAUCCUGCUGCAGGAGGAGGAGCAGCGGCGGAGGCAGCAGCACGAGGAGAUGCAAAGAACCCUGGAGAUUCAGCUGCAGGAGGCUGAGCAGGCUCGUGCCUCCAUGCAGGCAGAGAUGGUCCUGAAGGAGGCAGAGGCAGAGCGGCAGCGGAAGCGCAUCCUGGAGCUGGAGGACAUGCAGGAGAGGCUCCAGGAGGCCCUGCAGCAGGAGGUGAAAGCACGGCAGGACGAGGAGGCUGUGAGAUACGCACAGGCCAGGCUACUGGCUGAGGAAGAGGAGAAGUUGAAAGAGCUGAUGAAGCUGAAGGAGGAGCAAGAAGAAUAUAUCAUCAAAACUCAGAGGGAGAAGCAAGUCCUCAAGCAGGAGAUGGAGAACAAGAACAAGUGUCUGGAAGAGGCACAGAAGCAGCUAGAAGAAGUGAGAGUGAACAGGCAGCGAGUGGACCAAGAUGUCAUGGCGGCCCAGCGGAAGCUGCGACAGGCCAGCACCAACGUCAAGCACUGGAAUGUGCAGAUGAACCGACUGAUGCACCCUAUUGGGCCAGGAGGUAGGAGACCAGCUGACCCCGCUGAGUACCCUUCCCUGCACCUCCUGAGCACAGCCAUGCUGGGGCUGAGCCCAGACCCCCACCCCUCUUCCCCUUUUUGGGGGAAGCAGCCAGCAAAACUGGUGUGGAAAAAACAGCAGAGAAGGCAGCUUGUGAAAAAGGACCGAAAACUCGUGGUGCUGAAGGUGAAGAGGCUGAAGGACAUGUAUGAUGGAGGAGGAGGGGAUGGGAUAGCCCUCAGCCCACACUGA